AUGUCUGAAAAAAGCGACGAAAAAUUUGGAGAAGCUCGAGUUGAGCCGGUGGCUUCUUUUACAAAGUCAGAUUUAGAAGACAAGAAUCUCCAUGUCUUGACUGCGUUUGUUUCUCCCGGUGGUAAAGAGGUCAAGAUCACCAACAAUGUCGAUCUGGCUAUGAAGUACGCGUUGGAGCACCAAGGUGAAGACAUCGUGAUUGAUGACGCUACAAACAAGAGAUUAUUGAGAAAGAUUGAUACUUUUCUUUUACCUGUCAUGUGUUUGUUAUACAUGUGCCAGUUUAUGGACAAGCUCACCACCAGUUACAGCUCCAUCUUGGGCUUGAGACAAAGCUUGCAUAUGAAGGGGGACAUGUAUAGUUGGACGACGACGUGUUUCUACUUGGGGUAUUUGGUGUUUGAGUUCCCGGCGUCUUUGUUGCUCCAGAGAUUCCCCGUUGCAAAGACAGUAUCUGCUUUCAUUAUAGUCUGGGGGAUGAUAUUGGCAUUGUGCGCCGUGCCGCAGUACCCUGGCUUCAUUGCGUUGCGAACCAUCUUGGGCAUGUUGGAGCUGGCAGUGACGCCCGCGUUUGCCAUUAUAACUUCACAAUGGUAUAAAAAAGAAGAGCAAUUCCUUAGAACAGCUUUUUGGUUUGCUUCAAAUGGAAUUGGAACCAUUGUCGGACUGGCAAUCAGCUGGGGGUUGUACAAAAACGCCGAGUCGUAUUCUUUACCCGCGUGGAAAUUGGUCUUUGUUGUCACCGGAUGCAUGACAGUAUUCCUUGGUUUCCUUGUCAUGGCGCAUAUCCCCGACAACCCCACCGGCGCGUGGUUCCUCACUAAGGAGGAAAAAGUGUUGGUUGUUGAAAGAAUCAGGUCAAAUCAACAAGGUUUCGGUAACCCACGAUUCAAAAAGAGCCAGUUUAUCGAGGCACUUCAAGACGUGAGAACUUGGCUCUUCUUUUUGUUUGCCAUUUCCUCAAACAUCCCCAACGGAGGCAUCACUAGUUUCGGGACAAUCCUCUUGAAAGAGGAUUUUGGCUACAGCACCGCGGACUCUUUACUCAUGCAGAUGCCGCAGGGAGCCGUUGAAAUAGUUGGCUGUACCUUGUUUGCGUGGCUCGCCAAGUACUUGAAGUCUAGAACGUUGAUGGCCGUGGGAGUCACAGCUGUGGUGGUGAUGUCUCAAUGCCUCUUGGCGUUUGCUCCAACUAAAUCCGGCAGACUUGCUGGACUCUAUUUGUUUACGCUUGCUCCCGUUGGCUUCAUCUGUGUGCUCUCCCAAGUGUCUUCCUCGGUUGCUGGCCACACGAAGAAGGUCACCGUCAACGCUAUAUUCUUGAUUGGCUACUGCGUGGGAAACCUCAUUGGGCCACAAACGUUCAUCUCGACGCAGGCUCCCAAAUACCAAGGGGCCAAAGUCGCGAUUGUCGUCUGCGGUGUGUUUUCGCUUUUAUGCUUGAUUGCCAUUUACGUGUCGUACUACGUGGACAACAAGAAGAGGGACUCGAUGCCGCCCGUCGACAUGAGCCACGUUGAAAACUACGAGUUUGCUGAUCUCACGGAUAAGGAGAAUCCCAAUUUCAGAUAUGCUCUUUGA